UUGGUAACGAUUUAACGCCCGCGCGAUGCCGAGAGUGGCCGCAAAGAAGGAGGCCGUCAGCAAGGACGAGCGGUUGAAGCGCAAAAAUCCGCACCCGGUGCGUAACUUUUUUCAGCGUCUCAACGAUACGCAGCAAAAGUGCGGCUUCUGUGGUUGGGUGACGCGCGAAAAUGCGACCCGCAUGGAGCGCCACAUCGCGUACAGUUGCCCGUCGGCCCACGAAAUGGUGCGCGGGAUGAUGCUAAACAUGAAGGAGCUAGCGAUCGAGCGGGAACGCAACUCGUCGCUGACCGAGCACAACAAAAAGGACGUGCACUGUUAUUUUGCGACGGUCGAGAACGACCGGAAGCGCCAGUGCAUAUUCUGCGAGUGGCGAACGACACCGAAUCUGACCCGGAUGCGCAAACACAUCGCCAUCGUUUGCACAAUGGUGCCGGCCGAGAUUCGGGCCCUGUUCUUCAAGGGCGAAGGCGAGGGCGAGGACGAUGAGGAUUGCGACUCGUCAACCUACCGCAUCGUGGAUGUGUUGGAGGACGGCGAGCGGAAAGAUUUCGAAAUCGUCAGCAGCGCCCAGCUGCAGGAGUACGAGUCAAUCGAGCUGGGGAGUGAAGUGCAGCUUGCGUCCGAUCCGGCGGACGACGGUAGCGAGUACUACCAGCUGGAUGUCGUUGACUACCGCGAGCACGCGGAAGAAACCACUCCGCAGGAGGAGGCAAUCCAGGCCAAAGAGAAGACCUCGCGCAAACCGAAACUUGAACGUAACGAACCGGACGACGGGAACGAAGACGAGGACGUCCUCGAGGAGCACACUCGUGGUGACGGUGGCGAUGAUGGCAUGGGAAGCGAUGAUAAUAAUCUAGAGUAUCUGGAGCCACAGGAACAAUACUGCUUCGGUUGCCAUCAGACACUGGGCGUCGGCGAUCCUACGCUGACGCGAUCCGGGAAGGUAUUCUGCUCGUCCGCCUGCAGUCAUCAGGAGCGUGGCGGCAACAAACGAGCCGCUGACAAAUCCGUAACGGGUCCGAAGAGGCCCGUCAAAGCGGCGAGGAGCUCCACUCCGCAGAUUGCAAAGCGCAUUGUAGUAAUGAACCGAGCGGACCGCAAACCGGCGACUACGGCGACGGCAGUCGGUCAGCCACAGCCAAUUAACACACUGAAUCCAUCGUUGGCCAUCGGUCAGCUGGGUCGUCCACGCACCGCCGUUAUCAAAAUGGAACGCGCUCAGGAGCCGGGACCAGCAAAGAAACGUCCCCUGGUUCUCACGACGACGAAGCCCGCAACCCGCAGCACAGUUUCGCAAGACACCGCAGUGGAGGAACUGACGGAAAACGAAACGCAGGAGACUACGGUUGUGCACCGCAAGAAUCACUCGGGAGUCUCGAAGCAGAAGCUCCCCGUAGUAACGCGUGUUGACAAAAUCGAAGAAAUGCAGUCUGACAAAUUGGCCCUGUUUUUGCGGGGCACCUGUUGUUGCUUAGUGCUAACCCUGUUCACCAUCAUCAUCCAGCAGACCGAGGUAGUGGCGAGUGGCGACGAAGGAUCAUGUCACUCGUUCGGCGGUGGCCAUGUCUACCCGCAGGAAGCACCACAAACCAUCGACCACAAACUGCAGUACACGAAGGCGGUCAUUUCACGGCCCGCACCGGAGUUCGAGGCCACCGCGGUGGUGGAUGGUGCGUUCAAGAAGCUUAAACUUUCCGACUACCGCGGGAAGUAUCUGGUGUUCUUCUUCUAUCCGCUCGACUUUACCUUCGUGUGUCCGACGGAAAUCCUGGCCUUUUCCGAUCGCGUGGACGAGUUCCGGAAGCUCAACACGGAGGUGAUCGCGGCCAGCAUCGAUUCUCACUUCACUCACCUGGCGUGGAUCAACACACCGCGCAAGGAGGGCGGCUUGGGGAAGAUCAACAUUCCCCUGGUCAGCGACAUCACGCACAGCAUUGCAAAGGAUUAUGGCGUAUUUCUGGACGAUCUGGGCCACACGCUGAGAGGACUGUUCAUCAUCGACAACCGUGGCAUUCUGCGACAAAUCACUAUGAACGAUCUUCCGGUGGGCCGCUCGGUGGAUGAGACACUGCGAUUAGUACAAGCAUUCCAGUACACGGACAAGCACGGAGAAGUUUGUCCCGCUGGCUGGAAGCCCGGACAGGAUACGAUUGUACCCAAUCCGGAAGCCAAGAUUCGAUAUUUCCAGAAGAACAACUAAAACGGACGGAGCAGAGCAAUGUGUGAAAGAGAUCACUUCUUUUUAUGUUGGGAAUUUUUCUGGGCCAACUAAUUAACGAAAUAUAUGAUUUUGCAUAUAGU